UCUCUCUCUCUCUCUCACACACACACACACACACACACACACACACACUGGGAGGAUGGUGCUCAGCUAGCAGCGCCCAGCAGCAGUCCUUUACAAUUAAUAAUGGCGCGACUAGAAGACGACGAGAGAACGAGAAGAAAAAGCCGACGAGAUCCUGUCUCAUAAACGCGAGCAUCUGCGCCAUGUAGGGCGCUCGUGGACCGGAGGAAGAAAUCCAGGAGAUGGCGGUGAGAGGAUGAUUUGAUUCUCCAGGAUGAUGCGGAUGUGAGUGUUGGCCUUGGUGAGGAUGGGCUCGCAGGUGCUGCAGACGCUCCGGCAGGGGGUGUGGGCUUCCGUGACCGGCGGAUGGUACCACGAUCCCGAGCAGAACAAAUUCAACAACUCGUGCCACCUUUACCUUUGGCUCUUCUUGCUCAUGUUGCCUCUGUCUCUGCAUUUGGCUCUUCCACCCACCAGUCUGGCCCUCAGUAUUUACUGUACCUCAGUGACCGUGUUCUUCAUCCUCAUUAAGAUGGUGAACUACCGCCUUCACCGAAUGUUUGAUGAAGGUGAAAUUAUACCCCGAAACAGUGUUUCUGACCUUAGCAAAGGUGCAGAAAAAAAGAGUAAUGCCUCAGACACCUGCCAUCCAGCCAGCUUGAGGAAGAGCAGCACUGUACCUGACAGUGUUGCUAUGACAGUAUUGACUAGAAACAGGCCAAGUCCAAUAAUCCAAGUCACAGUGAAACAGACUGAAACAGAUCCUGGUCUGAUUGGGGAAUGCUCGAAAAAGGAUUUGAAGAACACAGAGGGCCAAGAUGAUGCCUCGUCUCAGAAGAAGUGUAAGGACAGAACUGAAGCUGAGGAGAAACUAACCCCUGAUGAUGCAUUCAGUCCCAAUACUGAUCAAUCAGCCCCACUCUUACAGUCAGAGCAGAGACAGCCUACCCAAGGGGACACAGUUGAUGAAGGCCUACUCUGUUCUUCUGGCAGUGAAGAGGUCAGGAAUAAAGAAGAAGCUAUGAAAGAGACACCUUCACUACAAGACCCUAUCAACACUGGGAUUCGGUCAUCAGAGCCUAAAGAAGCUGAGGAAGAAGACAAGCCUGAGGAGACCUACUGCUCAGAUGAAAUCUCUGUGGUACUGGUUGACAAUUCAGGUUUAUCAACCCGCUUGGAUGAGAAUGAUACGGUGAAGAUUGUCAUCACAAUGAGCUGUGACCCUCAGACAGCAGCUGAGCUUGAGGAGUCAGUCAGGCUCAGCCUCCUGGAGUCGGCUCAAUGCCGUUUGGCUCAGCAAGACCAGAAGGAUUCUCCUGUCAAAAUCCCAGUCAUUACGUUUGAUUCACCUCACGAGGAGGAAGAAAACCGUGUCAAAGAUAAUAAAGGCGGGAAGCCAAAUCCUAAUGAAUUAUCUUCUCAGGGGCAAUCUGUGGCUCAUGAAAGUCAAGACUCAAAUGAGCCAGUUGGGUUCAGUUCCACCCAAUAUGAAGCACUUUCCAAUGACCAUGAGGUUGAGAAUCCCAGUCCGAACACUAAUAAUAGCUCGUCAGGCAUUGAUGUGCGCUCCCAUCCGGAUGAGAGUGAGCACACUGAUUUGAAGUCAGAAACUGAAGGAUUCCUGCAGAUCCCUUCUGGUUUUGGGAGGUUUGGUAGAGAAGGAAGGAUGCAUGCAAGAGGACUUAGCAUUGACAGUGGAAGGGAUGCUGUCCUGCUCGACCUCCGAGCCAAAUCAAAGCUGCAAACCAUGACCUCAUCUAAGUCAGACUUAGAGGACAAAGAGGGCCAGUUGCCCAACGAAUCCAAUUUUGUGGAGUUUGUUUCAAUGCUGGAGUCCAUCAACAGUACGAGAAGUGGGGGAGGGAAGCAGGCAGAGGAUGAGCAGGAAAUUAAAACAGAUGAGGAUACUACAACUGUGGUGAAGAACAUGGAAGGCACAGAUGAGGCUGAACAGCAGGUUCCUCCAAACCCUCCAAACAGCUUGGCUACAGACACAUUGCCCAGCCUUCCAGAGAAACGGAUUCCCAUUGUCUCUCCUGACAGCCCUCAGACAGAUAAGGAAAGAGAUCCAGACUAUGACUCUCUGCCCUCGCAGACCUCCCAAUCAGAAAGCUCAAUGCUGCAGGUCAUCUGUAGACCAGAAGCGACAUCUAAAGAGGAGGCCUACACCUUCCACACAGUACACAGAGACAGACCUCGAAAACUGUACAACGAAAGAGCAUUAAAUUUACCGCUUGGAGCUGAGCUCAUCACAGGGAAUAUAGGUGAUCUCCUUUCCACGUCAUCUAACUCAGAGUGCCAGGAUGGGUUAGUGGGUGGGCAUCCUGAUUGUCCGUUUCAGCGUCGCAUUGUUCCAGCUCAUCGUCUUCGGCCCAGGAGAACACACCCUGAGAUCUUUCAGGAGGAGGAUUCUCUUGACGACUCCUCUGACACGACUACCGAGGAGAAGCCGUCUCGGAAGUUCUACUAUAAGCUGAAAGUAUUUCCUGGGAAAUGGAUCAACAUCUUGUAUGACCGGCUGGCCUUGAUGGCGCUGCUCGACAGGAAUCAGGACUGGAAGGAGAACACAGCUGCUGUGUUUUUGGCAUCCCUGGUCGCUUUUCUGGGUUUUGCGCUCCUGAACCAGGGUUGCUUUAAAGACUUUUGGGUUUUUCAGUUUUGCCUUGUCAUGGCUAGCUGUCAGUACUCUUUAUUAAAGAGUGUCCAGCCAGACGCUGCAUCGCCCACUCAUGGACAUAAUCAAAUAAUCGCAUACAGUCGAGCGACGUAUUUCUGCACGUUCUGCAGCCUUAUUUGGAUUCUGGAGUUGAACCUGAAAUCAUCAAACCUUCCUGUGUUCACCUUAUACGGCAUUACGAUUGUAAUGUCGGACAUUCUACGACUGGUACACGAUGCUUUAAUUGGCUUUACAUACUGCUUUCCAAUUAUCUUUCUCCUUGGCCUCUUUCCACAAAUCAAUACAUUUUCUAUUUACUUUCUCGAGCAAAUUGAUAUACACUUUUUCGGUGGAACAGCUGCAACUGGACUCUUCUCAGCCAUCUACUGUAUAGGGAGGAGUCUGAUGGUGUUAAUAUUACUGUACGGAUUCUGUUUUGGAGCACUGAAGGAACCGUGGAAUGAGCAGCACAUCCCUGCCCUGUUCUCUGGCUUUUGUGCUUUACUGGUAGCCCUGUCGUAUCACCUCAGCCGACAAAGUAGCGACCCCUCUGUGCUUUUUGGGUAUUUUAAAUCCAAAUUCAUGCCAGUGCUGGGGGAUGGCGAGGUGGAGGAAGAGGACUCUGAGAAUGAUGAUCCUCUUCCAAAAAAGCUCCAGAGUUCAGUGAGAGAAAUACUGAUCUCCGAUCUGCUCAUGUGCACACUGGCUUCAGUUUUGACUUUUGCGAUUACUGCCAGUACUGUCUUCCUGUCUUUAAGGCCCUUUGUCACCAUAGUGCUGUAUGCCCUGGCAGCAACCGUGGGCUUUGUCACUCACUAUCUAAUCCCUCAGUUACGCAAACAUCAUCCCUGGUUGUGGAUCUCACAUCCAGUACUUAAGAGUAAAGAGUACUCACAGUUUGAGCCUGCAGAGGAAGCAGAGUUGAUGUGGUUUGAGAGACUUUACAUCGGGCUUUUGAGCUUUGAGAAGUAUGUUGUGUACCCAGCCAUUGUGCUCAGUGCCCUCACUAAUGACGGCUUCGCUCUCAGCCACCGGAAGAAACUGGGCAUACACUGUGAUGUCUUAUUGAUGACAGUUGCUGGGAUGAAGCUUCUGCGCUCGUCCUUCUGCAACCCCAGCUACCAGUUCCUCACGCUCAUCUUCACCAUCGUUUUCUUCGAGUUCGACUGCAGUGGGGCAUCUGAGACCUUCCUGCUCAACUUCUUCCUCAUGUCCAUAGUCUUCCACAAGCUCUGGGAUCUUCUGCACAAGCUGCACUUUGUUCUAAUCUACAUCGCUCCCUGGCAGAUAGCAUGGGGCAGCGCUUUUCAUGCCUUCGCCCAGCCUUUUGCUGUGCCACAUUCUGCCAUGCUGCUGGUACAGACGUUAAUCACGACCAUCUUUUACACUCCACUGAGCCCGUUUCUGGGCAGUGCCAUUUUCAUCACAUCCUACCCACGUCCUGUCAAGUUUUGGGAGAGAAACUAUAACACAAAACGUAUGGACAAUUCCAACAGCAGACUGAUGUCUCAGAUAGACAAGGAUACCGGGUGUGAUGAUAAUCUGAACUCGAUCUUCUACGAGUACCUGACCCGUUCACUGCAGCACUCGUUGUGUGGGGAUCUGCUGCUGGGCCGCUGGGGGAACUACAGCACAGGCGACUGCUUCAUCCUGGCCUCUGAUUACCUGAAUGCUCUCAUACACCUCAUCGAGGUUGGCAACGGCCUUGUGACAUUCCAGUUGAGAGGCCUUGAAUUCAGAGGCACAUACUGUCAGCAGCGGGAGGUUGAGGCCAUUACUGAGGGUGUGGAAGAGGACGAGGGCUGUUGCUGCUGCGAGCCUGGUCACCUGGACCACAUUCUUUCAUGCAACGCUGCGUUUAAUCUGCGCUGGCUCGCUUGGGAGCUCACCACCACCAAGUACGUGCUUCAGAGCUACAGCAUCAGCGAGAACAACGCAGCCACCAUGCUGCAGCUCUACGACUUACGCAAACUGCUCAUCACCUACUACCUCAAGAGUAUCAUUUACUAUCUGGUCAUCAACCCAAAGUUGCAGACGUGGCUUAAGGAGCAGUCGAUCCACGACGCCCUGCAGCCCUACAGUAAAUGGCAUUAUAUAGAGAGGGACCCGGUGGUGUUCAGUGUUAAGAUUGACGAGGAUUAUGUCCACUGCCUGCAAGGUGUCACCAGGGCCAGCUACUGCAACGUCUAUCUUGAGUGGAUCCAGUACUGCGCCGCCAAGAUGGAGCAACCGGUGGACUGUGAUGAGGAUUCUCUGCUGGUCACAUUGUGUUUCGCUCUGUCAGUCCUGGGCAGGAGAUCUUUAGGCACUGCUUCACAUAACAUGUCCAACAGUUUGGAGUCAUUUUUGUACGGCUUCAGCACCUUAUUCAAAGGAGAUUUCCGCAUCGCUACGAAAGACGAGUGGGUUUUUGCUGACAUGGAUCUGCUCCAGAAAGUGGUUGCACCUGCGGUUAGGAUGAGUCUCAAACUUCAUCAGGACCACUUCACGAGUCUGGAGGAGAGUGAGGAGCCGGCCGUGUUGUACGAGGCCAUCAGCACAUACAGGAGUUCUCUGGUGAUAUGUGAUGAGGGCGACCCGGCGUGGCGGAAGGCUGUGCUGUCUAGCAGAGAUAUGCUGCUGACGCUACGCCACACCCUGGACGAUGGCAACGACGAAUACAAGAUCAUCAUGCUCUACAAACGUUACCUUAGCUUUAAAAUCAUCAAGAUCAAUAAAGAGUGUGUGCGUGGGCUGUGGGCAGGACAACAGCAGGAGCUGAUCUUCCUGCGGAAUCGUAAUCCGGAGCGAGGCAGCAUCCAGAACUCAAAGCAGGCACUGCGUAACAUGAUCAACUCGUCAUGUGACCAGCCAUUGGGUUACCCCAUGUUCGUGUCCGCCCUCACCACUUCGUAUGCCGGGACACACAAGCAUACGAGCAGCGUCUGGGGCGGCACGCUCAGCCUGGAGGGCAUCCGCACAUGGCUCUGUUCUCGGUGGCUCCGCGUAAGAAAGGACAAUCUGACGAGCUGUAACAGCGGAGUGAACAUGGAGGAUGUGGACUGUGCCGGCUCCUCCGUUAGUCAGACUCAAAACUCUGUCACAUCCCAAAGCGCCAGCAUAAACCAGCCGCAUCCACGCAGCUCACGCACACGACAUCAUAGUACAGGACGUCGUGAGUAUCGCAGUGGCUCUGUGCAGCCGCAGUGCCAGCGUGCGCCAGUCACCAGUCGCUCAGGUCCGAUCCUGAAUCUCCAGCACGGCUCGGGCUCUAAUGGCGUGGUGCAGCGCCUCUCCAACAGUCAGCUGUCCUUCAACACUUCCUCCAUCGCCUCGGUCUUCUCCCAGGUGCCGCGUGUGUCCGCGGCGGGCGCUGUGCUCUCGGCUCAGCCACGCUGCAGCCAGGCCUCCUCCUCCAGCUCCACUCUCAGCCUGCUGUUCGGGAAGCGUAGCUUCUCCAGCGGUCUCGUCAUGUCGGGUCUCUCCGCCGCUGAGGGAGGGAACAGCAGUGACACGCAGUCAUCCAGCUCAGUCAACAUCAUCACCCCGGGACCAUCAGUGCGCCACACACAAACACAGUGGACAUCAGAAGCAUAUGAGAGUAUAGACGCCACAUCCGUUAUGACUUCAGGGCUGAAAGACAACACAGCAUCAGGUGAGAAGAGCCAGGACGGCUCAGGCUCAGGCUCAGGCUCAGGCUCAGGCUCAGGCUCAGGCUCAGGCUCAGUCUUCCACGAGGUCUCCGAGCAGAAGAGCACCUGAAGAGCUUCUCAUCAUGUCUACACAAUACACGAGCUUUAUCAUAAUAAGGGUUGAAUAAAAAAAAUGUAAAAACAAGGUCUGUAGAACGAGGCGGUGAACAUGUCAGGAGGACUCUUAUAUGUUGAGUUUAUUGUGGCUGAAAAUCUUGAUGGGACUGUGUUCAGUAGAUGAACCCCUUUGUGCUCAAGAUACAUCUAUUCUUUUAUUUGAAGAGCUUUAUCUUGGUCAGGGUUGUGGUCUUUCCAGAGAGUAUAAAAGUAACAAAGGGCACCAUCUUAGAUGGGAUGACAGUACAUUCCAUACACACACACACACACACACACACUCUCAUUUACAUACUCAUUCACUCAUUUACAUUUUUUUGGGAGGUUGGAGGAAACCGGAGAACCCAGAGGAAACUCACAUAGACACAAAAAUACCAUGAAAAACUUCACACACCCUGAAUAAGAUGGAAGCAUAUCACACACUCACAUUUACACAUUUCUGAAAAUCAUUUUUGAGAGGUUGGAGGAAACUGGAGGACCCAGAGGAAACCCACAAGAAGAAAUCCGCCGCACAGCCAGUUACUCAAGAUCCGGAUUAAACCAGGAAGUCUGGAGCUGUGAGGCGGCGACACUGCCUUUAUUCACAGGCUCUACAGACUUUAAGACCCCUCUAAAGCAUGUAGCCUUCCUUUACAGAAAAAUGCAAACGAAAAACUGAGGGACAAUUCACAUGGAAAUUUAUACUGUCAUUGCUAGGGAUCUGAAUACAGACGAAUGAUAUAGAGACAAACAGACGAAUGAUAUAGAGACAAACAAGGUGAGAUAUGGGAUGUUUGCACUUAAUAUUUAAUGCAAAACCCCGGAAAAUGAAGUCAAUUUUUUUCAGCACCAGAUGGAAAAUUGGAACAUGCUAGUCAUCGUACCUGUGCUUUAUAGAUACACAAACAAGUUCCCACAGUAUGGACACUAAAACAAAUGUAUUCCUCUGUGCAGGCUGACAUUCAGCAUUUAACCACAAAAACACACUUCAUAACUUCCUUUCUUCAUUUUCAGAUUUUGAACACAUUCAAAAUACACUACAUGGACAAAAGUAUUGGGACACCUGGUGCUUUUUGCAGCCAUAUGUGCUUCUUCCCCAAACCUUUAACCAACCUAGAGGCACACAAUUUUAUAGGGUGUCUUUGGAAGUGGUAGCAUUACAUUUUCACUUGUACUAGGUGACCCAUACCUGUUUGAAGAUAUGGUUUGGAUAUGUGCAGAGGAGGGACAUGGGGUAUAUCGGUAGGAGAAUGCUGAGGAUGGAGCCACCAGGAAGGAGGAAAAGAGGAAGGCCAAGGAGGAGGUUUAUGGAUGUGGUGAGGGAAGACAUGCAGGUAGUUGGUGUGAAAGAGGCAGAUGUAGAGGACAGGGGGGUAUGGAGACGAAUGAUCCGCUGUGGCGACCCCUAACGGGAGCAGCUGGAAGAAGACGAAAAUUUAUUAAGAAAACCUCACCCCUAACCGUAUAUUAUUAUUAUUAUUAUUAUUAUUAUUAUUAUUAUUAGCCUUAUUCUCUGAUAAAAAUGGGGGAAAAAGAUUACCUUUGGCAUUUCUGUCAGCAUAACCCAUGAUCCUCUGCCUCCGUUGCAACGAAGACGGAGCCAGGCGGAAAAAAGAUUGAAAUUCGUGUAAAUGAACCCAAUUCAAUAGAUUAAAGUUCAUGAGAAACAUCAUGACACAGAGGUUUUAGUAGAAGAUUUUGAGCAACUUCUAUAGAGUCAACUCAAUUAAAGACCUAUGGGACUGAUUGAACUGAAAUGCUGACUUCACCCCAGAGAGUCAGGGACUCCUCACCCAUCAUCAGUACCUGACUUCACUAACACCCUCGUGGCUAAACGAACACAAAUCUCCACAAGUACACUCCAAAAUCUAGUGGAACAUCUUACCAGAAGAGGUCAAUUUUUACCGCAAAUAUUGGAUAAAUGUGGAAUGGGAUGUUCAAAAAAUUAAUAUAGAUAUCUCAUGGCAGGGUGUCCACAAACUUUUGUUUAUCUAGUGUAUUUUCAACCUCAAAACAAACAUAUUUGGCUCCUGCAGCAUGUAUUUUAUGUACCUCACAAAAAAAAAAAAACCUCAUCAAAUACAAAUGUUUUAUUAAAAACGAGGUAGAUCAUCUGGGAUGCCGGGCAGAUAUUGUAUGAAGAUUUAGUGAAAGACUUUACGGAAGGUGAUUCUGAAUCGUCUCUGUUAGUAACAGCAUUUUUCUGGACCAAGAAGGGUAUGUUUUUUGUUGUUGUUGUUAGUUUUAAUGAUAUUGAUAAAUC